GUCAUUUUUUUACAUGGCCUUGGAGACACAGGGCACAGCUGGGCUGACGCGCUGUCCUCCAUCCGCCUCCCCUACGUGAAAUACAUUUGCCCUCACGCGCCCCGGAUCCCCGUUACCCUCAACAUGAAGAUGGUUAUGCCCUCCUGGUUUGAUCUGAUGGGGUUGACUCCAGACGCACCCGAGGACGAAGCUGGGAUCAAGAAAGCUGCAGAAAACAUUAAAGCCAUUAUUGAACAUGAGAUGAAGAACGGGAUCCCCCCCAAUCGCAUCAUCCUGGGGGGCUUCUCGCAG